CUCAUUCUUCUUCUUCCCGACAGCCCCCAAGCCCCCAGCCACCGACUUCCUUUCCCUUGAGAAAACCGGUGAGAAAGCUUGGAUUUUUCCCUUCUUUUCUUGUUCAAGAACCAGAUUUGGAGCUGAGAAGUCUUUCCCCUCUGCAGAAAAUCCCGGAUCUGCUCUGCUCUUCCUCCCCUGUCCGCCGGCUGCCAUGUGGGUGUGUGAUUUCUGGGCAUUUUUCCGAUAAGCCACAGCCACGAACUCCAUCUUUUCAACUUGAUUUAGCUUGGGUUCAUGUUAAAUUUGUUGUUUCUUGAAUUUUGGGUAGCCCGUGAGCUUGCCCUGCAUUGCCGCCGGCUGCUUCUGCCUUGUGGGGGCGAAUUGGCCUGGUUUCUGCCCGUGGGUUUCUCCCCAAAUUCCCGGCGGCAACUUUCCCAAUCUGCAGCUCCGGUUUUGCUGGAAAAUUAUGGAAGCAAAACCGAGAACGGGGAAACCACUGGAAGUGACGAGUUAAAAGGCUCGCUAUUUUGAGAUUGAUAUAGAUUUUAAAUAUAGAUCAUGAUCUUAUAAACUAAACGUUAUUUGGAGAUUUAUGAUAUCAGAGCAAAUUUUAUAAGUUUAUUUUCAGAUUUGGUGGUAUCAGAUUAUAGUAUGAUAAGUUCCGAACCUUGUGCAUUUGUGGGUCCCUCUCACGAGUGCCUGGCGUCUGCCACAUCCCCGGAUUUGGGUUUUGGGGCGUGACAAUCCUGAAGUUCUCCCUGCACUUCCCGCCGGCCCUCCCCAAUCUGCAGCUCCGGUUUUUGCUGCUAAAUUCUGGUAUGAUGGCCACUUCUCUAAGUCCUAAAUUACCCACUUAAUUGCUGCCUUGUUGAGUUGCUACCCUUGUGUUGUUCGAAAAUUCUGUUGAAAUAGGGAUAAAUUUUGGCAGCCUUUGAACAUGUUUUAAGUUUAAUUCAUGUAGAAAAUUUGCUUAUUUUGGCUGCUGUGAUUUCUGGAGAAAAAUCCCGUGAAAUUAGCUAUGGUUUUGCCAAUUUUUGGAAGAUGCAGUUACUGUUCAUGAGUACUGUUCAUGCACUAAUGGCCAACAAUAGGAGGGUUUAAAUGUGUAGUUAUAUUGAGAAUAAAAUUGAGAUGUUUGGUCAUAUGUUUGAAUUUCUUGUGAAGCUCAUUGGUUAGUAAUUUUGCAAGGUUGUGCUAAUAAUUCUAGCAAAGUCUGAAUGUAUUUAUUUGGAAUAUUAGUUGCUGUUAUGGCUUAGAGCACUUGGAUUGAGUCCUCGGUUUUGUGCGAUUUGAGGUAAGUAAAUUAUGGUAACGCCC